UUACGCACCCUGGCUCUAACUCCCUCUGUCGCAAGAGCAAGAAGCUCACCAACAGCAUUGCAGAAUUGCCACACAACCUGUCCUAUUCUUUGACUAUCUGCCUGCCCUCCAUCAAGAUGCCGGACAAAGAAACCCCCAAAUCGACACAAGAAGAAUGGAAUGGGGCAUCCGCUACCAAAUUCGAAAAUAAAGCGUACAGCGAAUACUACGACCCUUGCCAGGAGAUUGCAAACAAGAGCAUACGGUGUCUGAAUCGCAACGGGGGUGAGAGAGCCAUGUGCACAGAUUUCUUCCAGGCAUAUCGAGAUUGCAAGGAACAAUGGACAAACGCGAGAAAGGAAGCCAGGAAGGCCAAGGGGUGGUUCAAUUGAAAGCAUUGAUGAUGAUGUGUUUGGGAUGUUGGCUUCUCCACUCUGCAUUGCAUUUUACGGCGUUUGG